AUGGUUAUAUACCUCAAUAAGCAGCGCCGGGCACAUCCUGGGAUAACGUUGACGGAUACGCAAAAGGACAACUCAUUAAGAGCUGCUCAGCUCAUGUUUCAUAAACAUUCAACAUUAGAAGAUGCAAAAAGACUGCCCGCUAUAGCUGUACGAUCGGGGACUCCUCCUCCCCAGAAAAAGAUUAACUACGUUACAAAUAAGAACUCUGGGAUGAAAUAUGUGGUCAUGAAUAGUAAGCCAACUUUAGCAAAGGUGCCCUCGACGCCGCAUUCUACGGGAAUCGAUGCCAAGAAAGCAGCAAUGCAGGCUCAACAAAAGAUAUCGGAAAAUCAAGAAGCUGUUUCUCAAACUAAGAACUCUAAAUACACGAGUCAGUUGAACUCAACUAGAGCUGCUACUCUAGCACAGAGUUGGUCUGAUGAGCAAGAAAGAGAAACGCAAAAUAGUUCUAAGCCCCAAUCACCAACUAUGAAUUCAAAGAAAGCAGCUGCUUUGGCACAUAUUAAUCUAGCUGAUAUGGAGACAGAAUGGGAUCUGCCGUUGAACAAACAGCUUCCUGCCCUGUUUACACAAGAACCGGAUAAAAACCCAUAUUACAAUACAUCUAAAAAGGUAUCGAAUCACUCAUACAGAAGCUCGGAUGAAAACUUGAGUAUUUUGAGUUCUUCAAAAAACCCCGACAACAAACUUAGAGGCACUGUUACCAGAGCAUCGAAAGACAAGUUCUACCUUACAGUACCCACAUCAGCAUUGAAACUAAAUGAAAAUCAGUAUUCUAAUAACAGUGGUGCUGAAAUGGGUGACAACGAAUCCAUUAAUAGUAACACAAACGAGAUUAUGUCUAUCAUGUCUUCGUCAUCUAUUAUAAACCAGCGUCGUUCCCCAUCUCCUGAUUUUAAUAAAAAUGCAUUAAAUAUGGAAGAACAAGAUUAUAAUCCAAGCGUUUACUCGUCAAAUUCAAAUAUGAAAUCAUUACUAAAAAAUAAUUCAAUAUACUCACUUGUACCAAUAUCUACUAGUUCAAAAGCACCAAAAUUAAUUAAUAAUUGCGCAACAAAUACUUAUGGAGCAAUAAAUAAAAGAAGUGGUGGUAAUGUGAAAUAUGAAGGUACUUUACCAGAUCUUAUCCCUAAUCAUUUAAGACAACAUUCCAAAGUAGAGAAACUGAAAAAUAAAUUUUUCAAGAGUCAUGAAGGUUACAAUACUGCUCACUCAACCACUGAUCUCCGAAAAUCAAUGAGUGUUACUUCAUUCGACAGUAAUUUGCAUGUUCCAAGUUAUUUAAGUCUUAAUAACAUAGUUGAAGAUCCAACCGGAAAAGAAAUUAUCAGAACUAAUCAGAACACUAAGUUGAAAACAACCAUGAGACGUGAUAAUGAAUCUGAUAAUGAGAAUGUUAAUAGAAAUGGUGUGUAUGGUAAUCCCAACAAAAAUAAAUCAUUCGAUGAAUUUGGAAAUCCGAUCAAUCCCACGAUGCAUGACUACGAUUUUGAUUCUAGUGAUGAAUUUAGUGAAUAUGACAAUGCUUCGGGAUCUGAUAACAAUGACAAAAUUUACAAAAAGAAAAUGAAACGUAGAGAACGUCUAAAGAGUAAAUUCAAAAAGACUACAGCUGUAAUUCCGUAUGGCCAUCACCAUAGUAAUAGCAGCCACCAUUAUUUAUCUCAUAUAACCAAUAAUGAUACUAGUACUGGAAAUAAUCAUUUCAAAGGGUUCAAUGAAGAUAAGCCAUGGAAAUCGCAUAAUGAUUCAUAUUACAUCACAGAGCAAGAAAGAAAAAGGUACGAGGGGAUGUGGGUAAGUAACAGGUUUCUUUACCUCGAGUUAUUACCUUGGUGGGGUUAUCUCACGGGUAACGAGACAGAACAAAGCACUAUCGGUAGUAACCCCAUAUUGGCAAAAUUGAAAUUCAAUAUUAAGGGACUACCCGAUGACGGUCUGAUGCUGAAUUUAGUCGCACAAGAUAUAUGGCUCAGAUCUUGUUUACCAAACGACAUAUUGAUGAACAUCUAUGACCUUGUAGAUUUGAGAAAUGACGGAACGCUUGAUAGAAAAUCGUUUAUUGUUGGGAUGUGGCUAAUCGAUCAAUGUCUAUACGGAAGAAAAUUACCUAAAUCCAUAGAUCAAACUAUUUGGGAUAGUAUUGAUAAGUAUAUGGUUAAUGCGUUAACUUCUGGUUCGACGAUAAAAGCAAUCAAGAAAAAUAAGAAAAAACUAAUUAAGAAAGAAAUCAAGUAUAUCAAGAAGGAAAUGAAGAGCAUCCAUAUAUAA